UCAUCUAUGAUAAUUGACUCAGGGCCACGCAGUUUUAAGGCGGAAACCUAUUCUUCCGUUGUCUGUGAUUUUUUGGGUGCAUCCUCUAUUGUAUGCAAGCAGAAAAAAGAAAGAACAUGAUGAAAAGGGAUCUCUUUGUUGCUUCGGAAGCUGGUGAUGUUUGUACCAUUCAAAGUUUACAUGAGCAGAACGGCCAUGCUCUGCGUGAGGUUACUUUCCAAAAAGAUACUCCUCUGCAUAUUGCUGCCAGAAAAGGACAUAUAGAUCUUGUUAAAUGGAUCCUUCAAAUAAAUCCUUCUUUAGGUGAAGCUCGAAACAAGGAUAAAAACACGCCACUUCACGAAGCUGUUAAAAGUGGCAAUCUAGAUGUCGUCGAAAAAUUCCUUGAACUCAAACAGAGAGUUGUCCGCAAACAGAGUACUUUCUACCGCGCAACUCAAACAGAAUAUAAUAAGUUUGCAGAGACACCUCUGGUGAUAGCUUCGCAGUAUGGCUACCGGCGAAUAGUUGAACGUUUAUUGGAGGCCAGGUCAUUUGAAGAUCAAUUUGAAUGGGAUCGAUCUUUUAGAGAGGCAGCUUACAGGGGAUAUGAAGAUGUACUUGUGGCGAUCUUCGACAAUCCACCCAGACACAAUAGGACUAGUUUUCUUUCCAAAUUUUCCGGUUCACAAGUCUCGUUGGAGGUAGAUGUGCCUCGGGUUAUUCCUAAAACCCCGAUUCUACAUGCAGUCGUGCAAGGAGGACGUCUCGAGAGUGUAGUGGCAAUGUUAAAUCAUGAAUCGUGGCGGAACGACACAAUGACGGAGGAGGAUGAGUAUGGAAGAUGCGCAGUUCAUGUAGCAGCCAUGAAAGGCCGCAUGGAGAUGAUUGACGAAUUUAUGAUGAGAAUACCAGAUUCUAUCGAAAUCCGCAGUUCAGAUCAGAGAUCUGUUCUACACUUUGCAGUCGAAUAUGAUCAAUUUGAUGUAGUGAGGUGUCUACUUGCAAACAAAGAGGAAAAAAAAGCAGAAGAAAUGGUGAGCCGUGACCAUGACCUUUCUCGCAAUACGACGUUACAUUUCGCAGCAAUAAAUGGAGUCAGUCUCCAGAUACUGGACCUCCUCCUGCCAUUUCGAGGUGCCAAUAUAAAUGUGCUGAACGAUGAAGGCAUGAAUGGACUUGACAUAGCAUCUGCAGCACCUCAAGACAACCCCAAUUGUGCCAAGAUCGUAGAAAGACUGGAAGCUGCAGGAGCUGUAAGGUCGACUAUUAUACCAAAAUCCAAUACAACCACUUCUCCUUCAAAAGACGAUAGUAUCAUUAGUACACACAUGGUGGUGGCAUCACUGAUUGCCACCAUCACUUUUGCGGUCAUGUUUCAAAUCCCAGGGGGGAUUGAGGAUGACAAAGAGAGUAUACAUUAUGGAGCUGCCAAACUGGCUUUCCAUAAAGUUUUCAGAUUGUUUUUAUUCUCUGACACUACGGCCUUUAUCGCUUCCAUUGUAGUGGUUGUCGCGUGGUUACUUCGACAACAGUUGAAAGUUGAUUUUUGGGGGGGCUCAGCUAUGGAUACGCUGUCCGAUUUCUCUGAGGCAAGCUUGCUAGUCUCAAUCUGUUGGACGGUGGUAGCAUUUGUGAGUGCCACCAUCACCGUCCUAAUACCCCAUGAUCUGGACAGCUUGAAAAGUAGAGAUAGGGAGGUUUUCUCGAAGUAUGAAUCGCUCUUGACAUACGAGAUCGUUCUUGUACUCAUCACACCAAUUGUGGUCGCAGUCGCGUUUCUAUUCAAGUUCGAAAAAAGGAAAAUUAAAAAAUACUUGCUUAUCAACAGUGACGUUUUUGCAUUCGUGUAUAUUCAAAUGGUAUACCUCGUCAUCAUUAUUCUUAUCUUUGCUUUUAAAUGAGCAAACUAUUUUUCUGGUUAUUUACUAUCGGAAGUAUUGUUUCCAUAUAUAUUUCUGUUCGACCUUGCAGAGUAGUUGGACUAUUAAUCUUCUCUUUCCAUAUACAGAUGGUCUUAGAAGAGGUAUAUGUCUUCUCUUUCAACGUACAGCACUUAUGUAGUUCAC